AUGCAGGCAAUAUCAGAAUCUGUAUCUGCAAGUUCGCCGCCGUUCAUUCUCAAUUCAGAUAUGUCGGGUGCGGACUCUGACCCCGAUUUUGAAUUCCUCGACAAUUCCCAUAUGUCCUUUGAGGCAACGUAUAGUCAAAACAAUCUCUUCGAGGAUUUCUCACACGAUUCACCCCCAUACUAUUCAGCAUAUACGACACCGAGUGUUGCCGGCCACAAGAGUCCUGAGCAGCCUUCCUUCAUUAACACGGCCGUACUGCAGGCGCCUUUGUCAUCUCCGUCGACAGCCUCACCGGCUGGCUCGUCCCAUAGCUCUACGUCCGAUUCAAUGGAAUAUAACAGAAAGUCUGGCUCAGAUUCGUCUCGAUCCGCUUUGAACUCAGGGGCCGCAAUGAUGGGGGAUGACAUAGAUAUGGGAGAUUGGAAAGGCGACGAUAUGAUCAAGGGGGAGAGUAUGUCAAAUUUUGGUGAUUACGCUGGGAAUGGGACCAUCAACCCAACUGCCAUGAUCAACAAUUUUGGAUUCAAUGACAAGAGCAUGGAAAAUGAUUUUGACUUUGACAGUGCGUCGAGUAGUCCAAGUCCUUUUGCGACAGCAAUGGAUAUGGAAUCACCAGAAAUGUCGACUAUAAAGCACGAUACCCCUCGAAAGAUAUCGCCAAUGCAACACUCGUUAGUACACUCUACAAAUGGAUACCAUAUGGGUUCAAGAGAAGCCUCGCCCUUAUCUGUAGAGUCAACAAGUCAAGCGUCGUCUCCUGCACAUCAUAUGUUCACCAACUCUCCCUCUCCGAAUGUUGGGCUUGAAUUCAUGUCUGGCAUAAUGCCCAAUGCAGCUCAUGGCCUUCCGCCUUGGACAAAUAGCAUGGAAGUGCCUCAUAACAUGAUGAGAACUCAGGCCCAAUUUAAUCCCUUAUCGUUUCAAAACACACCUCAAUACAAGAAUCGCCAGAACUCGGGCGUGUCAUAUACGAAGCCGAUUCUGACAAUACACCCCACUCCAUUGAAGUCACGAGUAGAGACUCAAAUUCCCAUCAAAAUGACACUCUUUCCUGUUCCACAAGGUGUUACCAAGCUUCAUUUGCCAACACAAACUAUCUCAAAACCUAAACUUCUCGUCAAACCUCCACCGGACCGCUCACCUGACACUUUGGAGCUUUAUACGAUGUUAGUCUGUUCUAGUGCAAUGGAAAAUCCGGAUAUUUUACGAAAGGCUUUGGAAAGAGCAGCAGCCCCCGAAUUUUCUCCUAGUCAGUCCUCGGACAGUGGAUCCGAUGAAGAUGACGAUCGAAAACCAUUGAAUGGAGGUGAAGUCCUGAUAUGUAGCGGUUGCAUCACGCGUGAGAGAAAAAGGGCCGCUCGGAAGAAGGUAAAGAAAGUUGAGGAAGAAGAAUCAUGGCAUAAAGACGAGGCCAAACGAGUCAUCGUAUUCAACACUCAUGAAGUUAAGGAUUGGCAAUCACCCACAAGUCAACCUCCCUCGGAAGCUACGGGCGACCGACCUGAACCCUUCGUACCUGAUGGUGCUAUGCAGGUUGAUGCUCCCAUGCGAAUUGCAUGUUAUUGCCGGCAUCAAAAUGAAAAAAUUGGGUUUCGGGUAAUAUUUACUAUAAAGGACUACCAAGAGCGCCUGAUUGCACAAGCCAUCACCUCUUCAAUAAUGAUUACAGAUGACCACAAGACGCACAACCUACUACCUAUUCCUGGACAGGUAUCCUGUGCGCCCGAUGGACAAAUGUUUUCAGGUCCGACUUCGUAUUCGAAUGAGAGAAACUUCGAUAUGACCUCCGGUGUGGUUCCUGGCAUGCAUCCUUUCCGUGUUUCACCAUCCGCAUCGGAUCUUCAGAACCUACCACAGAAUUUCAUGCCGUACCCACAGCCAAUGAAUUAUCCACCAUCCAAUCCACCUCAAACAAUCUCUAAUACAAUGACGCCUCGACAUCCAUCGCCACAAGCAUCACCUUCGACUCCAUCUGGCCCUCCACUUUCUAAGAAACGCAAAGCCAGCUCUUCUGGUAAGGUUCCCACUGGUCUAGCAAUGACAAAACUAGAGACAGGGCAAAUGGGAAUGAAUAUUGGACCUCUUGUACCGGUCAGCGCCGCCACUUCCACUAUACCAUCCCCAUUUACACCAAAUCUCCCCAAUUUUCCAUCAAAUGAGCAGCCAUUUUGCCAACCUGCUCCUCCAAUGCAACAUGUUUCAACGCAUUAUAAUACAGGUCCUCCUACGCCGAAUAGUAAUGAUCAAUUAUAUACUGCGCAUGUCCAUCGACCCCAACCAACGGACAAUUUGGCCAUGCACCAACUCUACUCGGCGCCCCCUUCAGGGCAUCCUAGUCGUGUUCCAAGUCCGAAUGGUAUGCGCAAUAACGUCCAAAUCUAUCAGCAGCAGCAACAAGCUCACAUGGCACAAGCUGUGGCUAAUGGGAUAUAUGGCAUGCCCCUGACUUUGAGUCCUCAGCGGCCACCCGUGAUUCAUAAACUGAUACCAAACGAAGGGCCAAAGGCUGGAGGAAUAGAAGUUACCUGUUUGGGCAGUGGAUUUUGUCAAGGGCUGGAAGUAAUGUUCGGUGACGCUAAAGCAACAACAACGACGUUUUGGGGCGAGACAUCUUUGGUGUGUCUUUUACCCCCUUCCGCCAUUGCGGGUACUGUACCUGUCACGUUCAAACAUCAGCAUCAACAAAGGCAGCAAUAUCCAACACCACCAAUGCCAAAACAAACCGCGUUCUUUAAGUAUGUAGAUGAUGAUGAGCAACAGAUUAUUAGAACAGCGUUAGCCGUGCUAGGUCAUAAGAUGACUGGCAAAAUGGAAGACGUGCGUGAUCUUGCAAGAAGAAUCGUGGAUGGCCCUUGGGGAGCACCAUCAGGUCAAUCUCCGCCCAGUGGCGGUGGAUCCUCACAGCAUGGGGGUGGAUUCAAUGCGGCAAGUUUUGGUGUCGAUGUUGAAGCAACGCUGUUGAGAUGUCUAGAUCUUAUUGAUCUUGAUGACAGUCCCACCAAGCCGCGCUUCAACCUACGUAAGAUUUCUGGGCAAACAAUGCUUCACCUCGCUUGUUCAUUGGGACUUCAUCGCUUCGUUGCCGCUUUACUGGCACGGAAUGUGAAUUGCGAACCACGAGAUAAGGGUGGAUUUACUCCUAUGCAUUUCGCUGCCCUUCAUAAUCAUCCACAAAUCGUCCGACGCCUCAUCCUCAGUGGCGCUGAUCCAUUGAUUAGAAGUCUCCAAGGAUAUGCUCCUGGAGAUAUGACAUCUUCCGAGGAAGUCCAUCGUGCCGUUCGCAGAGUAGAACAUCAUUCGAGAAGACGAAGUGGUUCUUCAUUGAAAAGCAGGACCAGCAGUGCCACAUCAUUACGAUCGUUAUGGCAACCACCAAAUGCAGAGAUACCCAAUGAAAGUGGUAUCAGUGAUAGCGACGACGAGGACGACAACGAAUACGAGGACGAGGACGCUGAUGUUGAUACUGACGCUGCUACUGAUGGCAUAUUCUCGAUGCGAAACAGGCAAUCUAGGAGAUCAAGUACAAAGAAUAUACUGAAUGAGACUAUUGAGACAACCAAAACUCCUGUUCUGGAACUUCCUGAAGUCGAAGCAGACGAAGGCUUGGCCUCUCCAACCAUGGCCAUGACGGCAUUCCGAGAUCAGAUGAUGGCACAAUUUACGGCUCAGAUGCAGCACCUGCAACAAAGCUUCCAUAAUGGUAUGCAUCUUGGUCUCCCAAACCUGCCACAAUUGCCACAGAUGCCUCAGAUGCCACAAAUGCCUACACUUGCAAACCUUCCAGAUUACCAAGCCUAUCUACCAAGUCCAAUGGUCCGCCGCAUCGGUAGCCGUCCAGACAGUCCUGAACGUCAAGAUGGCGCUAAGGAACAAGGCAACAAAUGGUGGGAUCUUUUCUCCGGUAAUGUAGCUCUAGCACCGCCCGCCUACGAAGAUAUCUUCCCACAAAGUGAUGUAGAUGUGAAACGAGCUUUCGCAGAACAAGCAGUUGCAGAAACCAUCGCGGAUAACAAAUGUGCCCAAGCAUUCGACCAAACAAAAACACACGUUGAGAUGUCUACAUUUGCGACUCGAGCAGAAAGUUCAACAAAUGCUGCGCAAAGGAAAUCAUUACCUAUGGGCACCCUUAGAAUUGGUGGAAAGGAAGUAGUGACGGUGGAGCAGCAAAACCAGAUACAACUGCUACGGCAGGAGAAAUUGAAGAGGGUUAGGAGUGAUAGAAAAUUAUUCCUUAUCUGGAUCCCCCUCCUCCUGGUCAUGAUGCUCGCCACAUUUUACACUCGCAUCCCCGCCGUUUGGUCCCGCGCCUCUUACGUUUUCACUUCUCUUACAGAUCAAAAUCAAGACCAAGGGCGUGUGAUGGAAGUUUUAUAA